CUUGUCACGUUCCUGUUGUCCGCCAGGGGUCUUCGUGUUAUUCUCUCUAGCAGAAUCACAUUAUGCUUGCAGUAAGAAGAAGAGUGGGACUUCCGCUGAGAAACACCGUUAGCAAUCUUCAUAAUCCUUGCAAUGAUUUUUUUUCUGUUCAUGAGAUUGCUAUGAAUUGACACCGACAUUUCGACAGUUAUCCUGUCAAACGUGGAAGUUGGCUGGGAUUUAUCCGAGUGAGGGAUGUGUGCCUCUGGAAAGUAUAGCUCGCGGGGUCCGGCUCUCAUCCCACGGAUGAAGACCAAGCACCGCAUAUACUACAUUACCCUGUUCUCUGUGGUCCUGCUGGGACUCAUCGCCACAGGGAUGUUCCAGUUUUGGCCGCAUUCCAUUGAGUCUACGGCCGACUGGACCUUGGACAAACGCAGUGUCCACGAUGCACCACUGGUGCGCCUCCCUGUGUCUAGUCCAAUACCCGAAAGGGGGGACCUCAGUUGUCGUAUGCAUACUUGUUUUGAUGUUUACAGAUGUGGCUACAACCCUAAGAACCGAAUCAAGGUGUACAUCUACCCGCUCCAGAGGUUAGUGGACGAGGUGGGCGUGCCCAUUAGUAGCACGGGUCUAUCCAGGGAGUAUAACGACCUGCUCAGUGCCAUCUCUGACAGCGACUUUUACACUGACGACGUGACCAGAGCCUGCCUCUUUGUGCCGUCUAUCGAUGUGCUGAACCAGAACUCCCUGCGUAUCAGAGAGACUGCCCAGGCCUUGGCCAUUCUGCCUAGAUGGGACAGGGGAAUGAAUCACCUGCUCUUCAACAUGUUACCCGGAGGGCCUCCAGACUACAACACAGCCUUGGAUGUGCCCAGAGACAGAGCACUGCUAGCCGGUGGGGGAUUCUCCACAUGGACCUACAGACAAGGCUAUGAUGUCAGCAUCCCCGUGUACAGCCCCCUGUCUGCAGAUGUGGAGCUGCCUGAACGACAGCCGGGGCCGCGGCGCUACUUCAUCCUGUCCUCCCAGACGGCCAUCCACAGGGAGUACCGCGGGGAGCUGGAGCGCCUGAAGGAGGAGAACGGCGAGGCGCUGCUCCUGCUGGACAAGUGCAGCAACCUCUCCCAGGGGGCGGCCUCCGUACGCAAGCGCUGCUACAAGAGCCAGGUGUACGACUACCCGCAGGUCCUCCAGGAGUCCUCGUUCUGUGUGGUUCUGCGCGGGGCUAGGCUUGGCCAAGCGACCCUCAGUGACGUACUGCAGGCUGGCUGUGUUCCCGUCGUCUUGGCUGACUCCUACAUCCUGCCCUUCUCAGAGGUCCUGGACUGGAAGAGGGCAUCAGUGGUUAUUCCAGAAGAGAAGUUGCCUGAAAUGUACACCAUUCUGAAGAGCAUUCCUCACAGACAGGUGGAAGAGAUGCAGAGACAGGCUCGAUGGUUCUGGGAUGCCUACUUCAGCUCCAUGAAGGCCAUUGGCAUGACAACCCUUCAGAUCAUCAACGACCGCAUCUAUCCGUAUGCUGCGCACACGUACGAACAGUGGAACAACCCACCUGUGGUGAAGUGGUCCAGUGUCAACAGCCCCCUGUUCCUGCCCCUCAUCCCUCCACGCUCCCCGGGCUUCACAGCAGUGGUGCUGACCUACGACCGCAUCGAGAGCCUGUUCCGGGUCAUCACGGAGAUCUCCAAGGUGCCCAGCUUGGCCAAGCUACUCGUGGUGUGGAACAACCAGAACAAGAGUCCUCCUGAAGAGUCUCUCUGGCCCAAGAUAGCGGUUCCUCUCAAAGUUGUACGCACCAAAGAGAACAAGCUGAGCAACCGUUUCUUCCCCUACGACGAGAUCGAAACGGAGGCCGUGCUGGCCAUCGAUGAUGACAUCAUCAUGCUUACGUCCGACGAACUGCAGUUUGGCUACGAGGUGUGGAGGGAGUUCCCAGACAGGCUGGUGGGGUACCCUGGCCGCCUGCACCUCUGGGACCACGAGAUGGGCAAGUGGAAGUACGAGUCGGAGUGGACCAAUGAGGUCUCCAUGGUUCUCACCGGAGCAGCCUUUUACCACAAGUACUUCAACUAUUUGUACACAUACAAGAUGCCGGGAGACAUCAAGAAUUGGGUGGACGCACACAUGAACUGUGAAGAUAUCGCCAUGAACUUCCUGGUUGCCAACAUCACGGGCAAAGCCCCGAUAAAGGUGACCCCCAGGAAGAAGUUUAAGUGCCCGGAAUGCACUGCCAUUGACGGGCUGUCCCUGGACCAGACGCACAUGGUGGAAAGAUCUGAAUGCAUCAACAAGUUUGCAUCGGUGUUCGGCACGAUGCCUCUGAAGGUGGUGGAGCACCGCGCCGACCCCGUCCUCUACAAGGACGACUUCCCAGAGAAGCUCAAGAGCUUCCCCAACAUCGGCAGCCUCUGAGCCCCCCAGACCCCAAGCCCCCUCCCCUGUAAUCAGAUCCCACCUUGGGGGCUGCACAAGGGUUUUGUCCGUUUGAGAUUGUACUUGCAUAGCUUUGUUUCUAUGAUUUCUGCAUGUUCGACAAUUUUGACUGUAUGAGGCUAUUGAAAGAAAGUGUUUUACUCGAGUUUUUACCGUUACAAAUCUGCUGCAUUGUACUUUGUUUUAUUUAGUUGAGGCCAAGACAUAUUUUUGAAUUUACAUUCUUUUUUUUCUGUUGACAAAGGCUGUUCAUGUGGCUUAAAAGUGGCCCUAAUCAAUCUUUUAUAAAGGUGUGAACAGCACAAAUCUCAUGGAAUCUGAUCUUCUCAAUCCUGUAUUUGGUCCUAAAUCAGAUACAGGUCCGAUGUUUUGCAAUGCGACCUCUGAAUGAACAGUCAUAUCGGAUUCAUGCAACCUUUACCAGCUCUAGAUCUAUAUUUGUCACUAUUCUGCACAUAAUCUGAUCUGAGCAAUAAAUAAAAGACCAAGACCCCUGAAGAAUGGGAUGGUGCUAGAAGACACCAUCCAUGUAGGUAGGCUCUAACCAGUGUAUAGAACACACACACAGACACACACACACACACACACACACACACACACACACACACACACACACACACACACACACACACACACACA